AUGACGAAUAUCGGGAUGUUAACGCCGGAUCGGUUCCAUAUGGAACGAAGUCAUAGUUUAUUCGAUUUUCCAAGGCGUUUGUUUCUAAAUCCGCUCGACAUUGACGAUGAUGAUAAUAAAGAUUCACCAUUUUCGAAUCGAUUUGGUCCAUGUGAUGACGCAACAUCGUCAACGAAAAAAAAACCCAAAGCAUGGUCAGUACGUGCACGACGAGACGAACCGAAUCUUUUACGUGGAGAUAGAUUUAUCCCACGUCGAAUUGAUCUUGAUUGUGAUUAUGCACUUGAUACACUUGUAUCUCAAAAUCUUCACAUCACAUCGCGUUCCAUAUCGACUCAUAAUGGAGAAACCGUAUCAAUUGAACAUCAACAACAAUUACUUCGUCAACAACGCCGUCUUCCAAAACGUUCAAAUCAACAAGUACAAUCAAAUUCAUCGAGAAAAACACUCGAAUUACUCGAACACUUUAUGCCACAAAAUCGAAGAAUUUAUAAUUUCGGUGUUAAAACACUCAAACCAAGACCGAUAGAUCCGAGUGAUCUCGCACGACAAAUAGAAGCACUAACAAUCACAUCAAAGGAACGCUAUAUCAGUUCUACGCCGGAACGUAUUCUUGAUGCACCGGAUUUAAUCGAUGAUUUUUAUUUAAAUUUAAUUGAUUGGGGCAAACCAACAAAUAUGAUCGCUGUUGCUUUAAUGAACUGUGUUUUUCUUUGGGAUGAUAAUUCGGGUAAUGUUACAAAAUUACUUGAACUUAAACAACCAACAAAUACAAACGACGAUUAUGAAGAAGAUGAUGAACAUGUACAUUAUGUAUCGAGUGUUGCGUGGCAUAGUAAAUCACCAUAUCUCGCUAUUGGAACAUCCUAUCAGCAAGUUCAUAUUUAUGAUGUUAAUCAACAAACAUGUAAAAGAAAAUUAAUUAGCGAUACGAUGCUUGAUGAUGACGAUCGAAUACCAUGUCUAGCGUGGAAUCAAAAUGUUAUCGCAUGUGGAACACGUAAUUCAGGUGAUAUUCUUGUAUAUGAUGUCCGUCAAAAAGAUUGUAUCAUUAAAUUUCAAUCACACGGUCAAGAAAUUUGUGGUCUUAAAUGGUGUCCAAACGGACGAUAUUUAGCGAGUGGCAGUAAUGAUAAUACAGUAUGCGUUUGGGACUUUCAUCAAUGGUAUUCAAAUGGUGGCACAUGUGGCAGCCUAUCGUCAUUAUUACCGCCUGCUGAUGGCGAAAAAAAUAAAUCAAAUAUUCCAACAAAACCAUUAUGGCAUUUUAAAGAGCAUAAAGCAGCAGUUAAAGCUAUAGCAUGGUGUCCAUGGGAAGGAUCGAAAGUAUUAGCAACCGGUGGUGGCCAUUCAGAUGGUUAUUUACGAUUUUGGAAUAAUAGUAACGGUACAUGUCAACAAGCAAUUAAAACAGAUUCGCAGAUUUCGUCAAUACUUUGGUCAACGGAUUAUAAACAAAUUGUAACUGGUCAAGGUCAUCCAAAUAAUUAUAUUCAUAUUUGGCAUUACCCAUCGAUGGUCAAAUGUCAUACAUUACAAGGUCAUACGUCACGCAUUCUUUCACUAAUUAUGGGUCCAAAAGGCAAUCCAAUAGUGAGUUUAUCAGCCGAUGAGACAAUUCGAUUUUGGAAUUGCUUUCCUGUUGAUGUACAACGAAAGAAAAAGCUUGAGAUGACACGCACACAUUCAUAUCCAACUAAACUUAAUUUCAAUUGUCGAUAA